AUGGGCAACAGCCAAACCGACAGGCCCAUCGAGGACGAAAUCCGAGAAGCCGCCAGCGCGGAUGGCAGUCCGGUUGAAGAUGACUAUCCAGAUGGAGGGAAAACCGCCUGGAUGACCUUGUUUGGUUGCUUCUGCUCUUUGUUCGCGGCUCUUUCCAUGAUGAAUUCCGUUGGCGUUUACCAAAACUGGAUCUCGGAACACCAACUUGAGCACGAAACCGCCGGCGACAUUGGCUGGAUUUUUGGCUUUUACAACUUCUUCAGCUUCUUUGCCGGACUGCCUCUCGGGCCUGUCUUCGACGCCAAAGGGCCGCGAGUUCUGUCAUGCUGUGGCGCCGUGCUGUUACUGGCGACGUAUGUCAUUCUUGGCUUCUGUCAGCAAUACUGGCAUUUCUUCCUCUGCUUUGGCUUGCUGGGCAGCUUGGGGACAUGUCUGCUGUUCACAUCCGCGAUCGGAACUAUUCAGCACUGGUUUCUCAGACGUCGCGGUCUGGCUACGGGAAUGGCCAUUUCAGGUGGAAGCGUCGGUGGCAUUUUGUCGCCUCUGAUCCUUGGAGCUCUUUUGCCGAAGAUUGGAUUUGCUUGGGCCAUGAGAGCCAUGGCCCUGAUCAUGGUCCCAUUUGUCGUGGUAGGUGUGUUGCUCAUGCGCAGUCGGCUUCGUCCAGCCAAAUCAUCGGGUGCUAGUUUCUUGCCAGACCCCCGGAUCCUGAUGGUGCCGAGAAUGACCAUUCUAGCCAUUGGGGCGUUUUUUGUCGAGCUGGGGCUGUUCAUCCCGAUGACUUACAUCACUUCGUAUGCGCUUUCAUACGGAAUGUCUACUGGUACGGCGUACCGGAUGGUCAUGUUGCUCAACGUCGGCUCCUUGGUGGGCAGAUGGCUUCCUGGCUGGCUCGGGGACAAAUGGGGCCGGUUCAAUGCGCAAAUCGCGGCUUUGAGCCUCUGUCUAGUAUCUGUGCUGGGAAUAUGGCUUCCAGCUGGGCACAGAAUUGCAGGGCUCACCGCAUUUGUUGUGCUGUUCGGCCUCGGAAGUGGCAGCGGCAUCAGCCUUGUUCCGGUAUGCAUAGGGCAGCUGUGCAAGACAGAGGACUACGGCAAGACAUUCACGGCCGUCUACAGCGUUGCCAGCUUUGGCUCCCUGAUUGGCAUCCCGCUCGGCGGCCGGAUCCUGCAAGCUGCAGAUGGCAGCUACCUCGGAUUGAUCAUCUUUGUCGGCUUAGCCUACACCAUAGCGCUGAGCUGCUUUGUGGCAGUCCGCGUGAUAAGCGUGGGGCUAGUCAGUCCAAAGCGGUUCUAA